AUGGCGGGGUCGGCGCAGGACCAGAUCGUGGUCGAGGUGGCCGACCAACCAUCCCCGCUGAAGCGACCGAGCGGCGCCCCGAAACCGAGUGCGAAAGUUCGCGAAGCCAUGCAACCGAUCGAAGACGCAACCACCGCGUCGAGAAGGACUACGAGCGAUGCUACGCGGACCGUCGCUUCGAGAGGAACACGCGCACUGGGAGGCGGGAACGCGACCAACAACGAGGUUGGGACCGGGAAGACAGCGCUACAGACACUCCUAGAGGUGCUCAAUGCACAGCGAAACGAGAUGCGCGAUACAAUCACUGAACUACGCGACCUGGUCAGCAAGCAGCAGAACACGAUUCAAGAGUUACACCAUCAGCUCCAGGAAUACCAACGUCAAAUGGAAUGCGCCCUAGCGAACACAAAGGCACAGCUAUCAGAGGAGCUGAGGCAAGCUCGAGACCAGAUCGACGUCCUUCUACGCAACCCGGUAUUCACGGCCUCGCCCUAG